UCUUCUCACAGUAGGCUGCCCACAAUGUGAACUAAGUCAGUAAGCUUCUGGAGGCACCCUCGAGCCCUCCUCUCUCUCAGCCUGCGAUGACACAAGGGAAGGCUUUGCAUCCGUCUGGUGUAGGGGAGUGAACAUUGUCAGCUGACCCAGUCCACGGUUCAUUCUAGCAAACCAGCAACACAGAGGCUCCUGGCGCAACACCGCAUCCCGCGACUCCAGUACUUGAGGCCAUUCUCGUUCGAACAGGCGUCGCCUCCCUUUUGCAGCCACAUUAAGGCGAACACCGCCUCACAGGCUCCACCCUCUGCUGACCAAGAUGGCGGCGCCCAGCGGGCCCUGAAAGAUGCGGCUGACUCGGAAGCGCAUCUGCUCCGCGCUGUUGGCUGCCUAUUUACUCUUCUCCCUCUACGCCGCUUAUUGUGUCUUUCUGAAACCGCGCCGCUCUACUGCUUCGCGGGUGAGCCAGAGGGAGAAACACGGGCGAGAACAUUUUACUUCGGAAGUGGAAGAGUGGAACCCUUGGGAAGUUGAUGAGAAAAAUAGUUUGCAACAGAACUCUGCAAACAGUCUGCAACUUUUGAAAGAGAAGAAACAGCAGCAGGAACAAACAAACCUCAGAGUACAAAUCUGGGGGAAAGCUGCUAUUGGCCUAUACCUAUGGGAGCAUAUAUUUGAAGGUCCGCUUGAGCCUGCAGAUGUUACAGCCCAGUGGAGAGAAGGAAGCUUAAAGGCAGGAAAAUCAUUCUUCAGCUUCAUCACAGGUCCAUCUGUAGUCCCUGGGUACUUCUCCAUAGAAUCUGCCAAUGUGGUUCUAGUGCUGAAUGGCAGAGAGGAAGGAAAGAUCUCUUACGCCACUCAGUGGCUGCAUUAUAUACAAACAUUAGUACAAACUCACAAGUUGCAGCAUGUUGCCGUUGUGUUGCUUGGAAGUGAACAGUGCAAAAAUGAAUGGAUUUAUCCGUAUUUAAAAAGUUAUGGAGGGUUUGUGGAAUUACUCUUCUUAGUAUAUGACAGUCCUUUGGUGAAUGAAGAAGACAUUUUCCAGUGGCCUUUGGGAGUUGCUACUUACAGAAAUUUUCCAGUGGUUGAACCAAGCUGGUCAAUGCUUCACACUCCACGGCUGUACCAGUGUACCUUUUUAGGAACAAUUUAUAAGAACUCGUCAAGAGAGAUUCUAAUGGAAGUACUGAAGCAAAGCGGGCUUGAUAAGAUUUGUUGGAUUUCUGUCAGAGAAGAAUGGUGGCCUCAAGAAACAAAUGAAAGCCUUCGGAACUAUCAAGAUGCAUUGCUCCAGAGUGAUCUCACAUUAUGUCCUUUGGGUGUAAAUACAGAAUGUUAUAGAAUUUAUGAGGCUUGUGCAUUUGGGUCAGUUCCUGUUGUGGAAGAUGUAAUGACACCAGGAAGUUGUGGAAAUUCAUCUGUGUACUACCAUGCUCCACUGCAAUUAUUAAAGACAAUGGGGGCUCCCUUUAUCUUUGUUAAAAACUGGAAAGAACUUCCUUCUAUUUUAGAAAAAGAUAAAAAUGUGACUUUGCAAGAAAAAAUUCAAAGAAGAAAAAAACUAAUGGAAUGGUAUCAGUAUUUCAAAGGACAAAUGAGACAUAAAUUUAUUAGUACACUGGAAAAUGCAUUUUUAUCUAAGGAUAAAGGUGGUUAAUUGUUACUCUUAAAUGUGAUUUCUUAUGGCCUUUCAGUGGAAAUUUGUCAGCUUUUUAAAAAAAAGAUCCUUUGAAAA